GUAAAAAUAGGUUUCAUUUUCUUUUCUGUUAUUUUUUUUUUACUUGUCUCGGAACGUUAUAUGAAUAGAAACAAUCUAAAUAACACAGAGCAUAGAGCAAACAAGAUUCCAAAUUAUGCUCAAGCUGCUAAAUCAAAUCAACAGCAACAGCAACAGCAACAACAGCAAACGCGAAAUCAGCAACCGCAGCAACAAGCAAAUCUCGAGCAAUCUACUUUUACAAAAAGCUCUUCUAAACAUAAUAAUUACAAAUCUGGUGGCAUGACUCAAGCACCAUACCAAAACUAUAAAAAUUCUUAUACUUUUAAUACAUAUAAUAAACCAAAGGAAAACACACCAUAUUUAAAUAGAAAACCUUCUGUGCAAUUACCGAUGGCUCCACCUACAGACACUACUCCUAUUCAAUUUGGAUCUAUUAACCAACCUUCAGAUAGUACACAACCAGUAGCUUCUAAUACAAGUCAUAUAGGAAAUAAAACAAAUGAUAUACCAACUACAGCAAAAACCACUGAAGUUCAAUUUGGCAGUUUGCCAGCUAUUACGGAUACAUCAUCUCCUUCAUUCAAUUAUCGAUCAAGAACAACACAUCAACAAAAGUCAGAGAUACCCAAACAACCUCGUAAUACUACUACUACUACUACUACUACUACUACUACUACUAAUGAUGGUCGAUUAUUUACUCAACCCUAUGCACCCCGUCAAGGUGAGACCCCAUAUAAUCAUAAUCGUUACUACAAUAACUAUAGAAACAAUGGUUACAUAAAAUCUUCUACUCAACCACAUCAUUCUCCGAAUCAGCCUUAUCAUCAUCAGUAUUCCCCUCAACAACAACAAUCUCAACAACGUUCCCCUCAACAACAAAACACUCUACCUCCAUCUCCCAUGAAUCAUCGUACUUCUCCUAAUCAGAAUGCUUAUAGUCCAACUAAAAAGAAUACAUUAUCUCCUCAUAUUCCUCAGGGUUCACCUCAAAAUAUACAAAUGACUACUGCUUGGCCUGCUGCUAAUCAAUAUUUCUAUCCCCCUCAGUAUCCUGUUACUGUGCCCUAUAAUAUGCCUCAAACAGCUCGUACAACAAUUAUUCCACCCUCUACAACUCGUAAAAGGCUUGCUAUUAUUGAUCCAGCUACUGGUAUGGCCGUCAACACAAGCCCCAUCUCUCUUAACAAUCCUAGUUCUUCUGCUGCUUCAUCAAUUCAAAAUAAGGAGGAUAAGCAACCUGAUUUCAUAAAACCACCCCAUGUCUCUAAGGCUGUCUUGAUCGUUGAUCCUGCUAUUCGUGAUCGUGAACUACGCGAAAAGAAAGAACGUGAAGAGGCUGAAAGGGAAGCAGCGAGAAAGGCUGAAGAGGAAAAGAAGGAAGCCGAAAGAAAGGCUCAAGAAGAAAAGGAACGUAAGGAACGUGAAGAAAGAGAACGUAAAGAAGAAGAAGAACGUUUAGAAAAGGAGAGAUUAGAGGCUGAGCGUUUGGAGAAGGAACGUUUGGAGAAGGAGAAGUUAGAGGCUGAGCGUUUGGAGAAGGAGCGUUUAGAAAAAGAACGUUUAGAGGCUGAGCGUUUAGAAAAAGAACGUUUAGAGGCUGAACGUUUAGAAAAGGAACGCUUAGAGAAGGAGCGUUUAGAAAAAGAAAGACUUGAGAUUGAACGUGCUCGUCUUGCUGAAGAAGCUAUUGCGGCUGCCACUGCUGCAUUAGAAAAGCAAAAGAAAGAAGAAGAAUUGCGUCGUAAGGAAGAGGAAGAACAAGAAUCUAAACGCAUUAUUAGUGAAUUAGAGGCUGAAAAGAAAAGAAAAGAAGCCUCUGAGGUUACGACCUUAAAUACCUCCAGUCUUCAAUUAACUCAAUCUCCUGUAUCUUCUCCUAACGUCACCUCUAUAAGACCUGCAAAAUUGAUUGAAGAUCUCGAAAGUAUUGAAUACCCUCCUGGUAUCAAACCACCCACAAAGACUGAAAAUAAUAAAUAUGUAUAUACUAUUGACUUUUUACUUCAAUUCCAACAACUUUGUUCAGUAACGGAUGUUGAUUUAUCUGCUAUUAGUGCAAAGCAAGACCAUGAUAAUUCUGGCUUUGGUAGUCGAUCGUCAUCAAUGCGUCAAUCUUCUGAUCGUAGUAGAAAUGCUCGUAAUCAAGGCGGUAACAAUAAUAAUAAUAAUAAUAACUUCAGUCCAGAUGCUGCAAUGUAUAAAAUGGGAUCUCGUGAUGGUCGUAUGGAAAUGGGUAAAUUUAACAUGGGUCGUCCAUUAGCAGUUCGUAACAAUAGUUCCCAUAUGGAACGUCAAGGAUCUCAUGGCGCCUCUCGAGGUGGUAUGAUGAUGGGUCGUGGUAAUGGUCGUGGUGGUUCAUCGGGUGGUAUGAAGAUCAUUCGUAACCCUCCUCAGCAAAAUGCAGCCAUGGGUGGAUCAUCUAUGAUUCCACCCUUGGAACCCGUUGCACCUCUUGAAAAGAGUGAAAACAGAUGGGUUCCUCGCACUCCUGCACAAUCUGGAGAUGCUCCUAAGGAAGGUGAACUCAUGUCUCAAGAAUUCAUUACUCGUAAGGUCAAUGCCUUGCUUAAUAAGUUAACAUUGGAGAGAUUCGAUUCCAUUUCAAAUCAAAUUUUUGAUUAUGCACGUCAAUCUGCUAAAGAACAAGAUGGACAAUCAUUACGUACUGUCAUCAGGUUGACCUUUGAAAAGGCCUGUGAUGAACCUAACUUUGCCAGUAUGUGGGCUCGUCUUUGUCGUAAGAUGUAUGAUUCAAUGACAGAUGAUAUUUGCGAUACAAGUAUUGUAGAUGAUAAGGGCAAUGCUUCUUGUGGUAUUCCCUUAUUUAGAAAGUAUUUAUUCAAUCGUUGUCAAGUUGAAUUUGAAAAGGGUUGGAAAGUAAAUAUGCCUAAAUUGGAUGAUGAUGCGAUGAUGACUGAAGAGUAUUAUGCCGCUGCUAAAGCGAAACGUCAAGGCUUAGGUUUAAUUCAGUUUAUUGGUGAAUUGUUUAAAUUAGAAAUGUUAUCAGAACGUAUUAUGUAUGGUUGUGUAAUUAAGCUGUGUAAUGAUCCUAGUAAUGCAGGCGAUGAAGAGGCUGAAUCCCUUUGUAAAUUACUUACUACAAUUGGUAAAGCACUUGAUAGUAAACCCAAGACGUCUAAAUGGGUUGAUAUUGUCAUAACUAGAAUGAAGAAUGAAAUGAUGAAUAGCCCUAACUUAACUUCUCGUGUGAAGUUUAUGAUUCAAGAUUUACUUGAUUUACGUAAAGAUAGAUGGAUUCCUCGUCAUGGCAAUACCCAAGUGGGACCUACUACUAUUGCAAAGAUUCAUGAAAUGGCAGAGAAGGCUAAAGGUGAAAAGGAAGCUGCUGUCGCUGCUGCUAUGAAGCGUAACAAUAGUUCACGUGGACAAUAUGCACAAAGCAAUAAUCCAUAUAAUAAUAGUAGUAAUUCUACUAAUAAUAGCAGUAAUCAUCCUGUUUCACGAACUGGAUCUUAUCGUCCUGGUGGUUACCAAUCCUAUAAUAACAAUGCAAAUAGUAGUAAUAAUAAUAAUAAUACUAAUAAUACUGCUAGUGAUGGAUGGAGUACUGUUUCUCAAGGAGCUAACAAGACACGCACAAAUGAGCUUUCAAACUUUGGUAAAAUGGACAGAAGUAGAUCAAGGACCAAUAUUCUGGGUCCAUCCAACAGUCCUUUCCCUAGUUUAAGCAGAGGUAAAUCAGCUACAAAUGUUGAUACAAAGGGCAGCAUGGAAGGAAGAGCCAGCCCUGCUACUAAUAUGUUUAGUGCAUUAUUAAGUAGUACGAGUGAAAAGACUGAAGAGCGUAAGAAAUUACAAUUAACACCUAGAACAGUAACAACAACAGAACCCAAGUUAGAGGAUGAGCCAGUAUCCUCAGAGAAAUCACCUUCAGAGAAGCCUAAAUUAUCCGAAGAGGCCAUCAAGCGUAAAUCUAAGAAUAUUCUUGAAGAAUACUUUAGUAUUAACGAUAAAGCAGAACUUACUGAAUGUGUUAAAGAACUUGAUGACCCUGAUUAUCGUGUUAUUUUUAUUGGAGAGAUGUUUACUGUAGUAGAAAAGAAAGCUCAAGAUGUUGAAAAGAUCUGUGAAGUCAUCAAAUAUCUCAAUUCCCAAGAGUUACUAGAGAAGGACUUGUAUAUAAAGGCAAUUAAGAGUUUUAUGGAAACUUAUGAUGAUUUAACUAUUGAUGUGCCUCAAGCACCUAAAUAUGUUGCCCAACUUUUACAUGCAUCUUCAAUUACACCUGAUGAAGUUGGUGGUGAUAGCUAUGAGUCAUUACAAAACGCUUAUUCUGUCUUAAAUGAUAAUUAAUACUAUAAUAAAAUCUCGUUACUAUAUAUAUAGAAAGCAUAUAAUAAACUUGAAAAAUAA